CCAUUCUCUGAGCUCCAUUCCCAACACUGGGAGCCAUCUUGUUGGAGCCCAGCGCUGAGCGUGCACUUGCCGUAGUGACGUCGCCGAAGUUACAGAGAGCGCGUUGCUGAUUGGCUGGAAGUUGCUGGCUCCUGGAAUAGCGUUCGUUGGUUUCCAUGGUGACCAGAGAUCCGUAUCCAGAAGCAGAUCUACUAUCACGGACUGCGGUAAAUACAAUCAGUGUGUUAUUGCUGUUAUCACUGGUUACUAGCGGGACAUGUUAUCUGUGUGUCUGUGCUCCCCCGUGCAGCCAGCAAUGCUCACCAGAGGGGAAGAUGUCGGCCAGGCGGCGGAGGGCUGUGGGGAGAGAGAUCGGCUGAUCCAGGAGACACGGAGUGACGGGACCUGUGAGCACCACCCAGGUAAUCCUCUCCUACCUGCAGGAACAGACACCUGAUACAGACACCACUGAUACUGACACCACUGAUACUGACACAGACACCACUACACCCCUAAUACUGAUACAGACACCACUACACCCCUAAUACUGAUACAGACACCCCUAAUACUGAUAUACAGACACCACUACACCCCUAAUACUGAUAUACAGACACCACUACACCACUGAUAUACAGACACCACUACACCACUGAUAUACAGACACCACUGAUAUACAGACACCACUGAUAUACAGACACCACUACACCCCUAAUACAGAGUCACUGAUACAGACACCACUACACCCCUAAUACAGAGUCACUGAUACAGACACCACUACACCCCUAAUACAGAGUCACUGAUACAGACACCACUACACCCCUAAUACAGAGUCACUGAUACAGACACCACUACACCCCUAAUACUGAUACAGACACCACUACACCACUGAUACUGAUACAGACACCACUACACCACUGAUACUGAUAGAGACACCACUACACCCCUAAUACUGAUACAGACACCACUACACCACUGAUACUGAUACAGACACCACUACACCCCUAAUACUGAUACAGACACCACUACACCACUGAUACUGAUACAGACACCACUACACCCCUAAUACUGAUACAGACACCACUACACCCCUAAUAAUGAUACAGACACCACUGCACACCCUACAACUCUAAUACUGAUACAGACACCACUACACCACUGAUACUGAUACAGACACCACUGCACCCCUAAUACCAUACAGACACCACUACACCACUGAUACUGAUACAGACACCACUACACCACUGAUACUGAUACAGACACCACUACACCCCUAAUACUGAUACAGACACCACUACACCACUGAUACUGAUACAGACACCACUACACCCCUAAUACUGAUACAGACACCACUACACCCCUAAUACUGAUACAGACACCACUACACCACUGAUACUGAUACAGACACCACUACACCACUGAUAAUGAUAGAGACACCACUACACCCCUAAUACUGAUACAGACACCACUACACCACUGAUACUGAUACAGACACCACUACACCCCUAAUACUGAUACAGACACCACUACACCACUGAUACUGAUACAGACACCACUACACCCCUAAUACUGAUACAGACACCACUACACCACUGAUACUGAUACAGACACCACUACACCCCUAAUACUGAUACAGACACCACUACACCACUAAUACUGAUACAGACACCACUACACCACUGAUACUGAUACAGACACCACUACACCCCUAAUACUGAUACAGACACCACUACACCACUAAUACUGAUACAGACACCACUACACCCCUAAUACUGAUACAGACACCACUACACCACUGAUACUGAUACAGACACCACUACACCCCUAAUACUGAUACAGACACCACUACACCCCUAAUACUGAUACAGACACCACUACACCCCUAAUACUGAUACAGACACCACUACACCACUGAUACUGAUACAGACACCACUACACCCCUAAUACUGAUACAGACACCACUACACCACUGAUACUGAUACAGACACCACUACACCCCCACACUGAUACAGACACCACUACACCACUGAUACAGACACCACUGAUACCGAUACAGACACCACUACACCACUGAUACUGAUACAGACACCACUACACCCCUCUAAUACCGAUACAGACACCACUACACCACUGAUACUGAUACAGACACCACUACACCCCUAAUACUGAUACAGACACCACUACACCCCUAAUACUGAUACAGACACCACUACACCCCUGAUACUGAUACAGACACCACUACACCACUGAUACUGAUAGAGACACCACUACACCCCUAAUACUGAUACAGACACCACUACACCACUGAUACUGAUACAGACACCACUACACCCCUAAUACUGAUACAGACACCACUACACCACUGAUACUGAUACAGACACCACUACACCCCUAAUACUGAUACAGACACCACUACACCCCUAAUACUGAUACAGACACCACUACACCACUGAUACAGACACCACUGAUACUGAUACAGACACCACUACACCACUGAUACUGAUACAGACACCACUACACCCCUAAUACUGAUAGACACCACUACACCACUGAUACUGAUACAGACACCACUACACCCCUAAUACUGAUACAGACACCACUACACCCCUAAUACUGAUACAGACACCACUACACCACUGAUACUGAUACAGACACCACUACACCACUGAUACUGAUAGAGACACCACUACACCCCUAAUACUGAUACAGACACCACUACACCACUGAUACUGAUACAGACACCACUGAUACAGACCCCUAAUACAGACACCACUACACCCCUAAUACUGAUACAGACACCACUACACCACUGAUACUGAUACAGACACCACUACACCACUAAUACUGAUACAGACACCACUACACCACUAAUACUGAUACAGACACCACUACACCACUGAUACUGAUACAGACACCACUACACCCCUAAUACUGAUACAGACACCACUACACCACUGAUACUGAUACAGACACCACUACACCCCUAAUACUGAUACAGACACCACUACACCACUGAUACUGAUACAGACACCACUACACCCCUAAUACUGAUACAGACACCACUACACCCCUAAUACUGAUACAGACACCACUACACCCCUAAUACUGAUACAGACACCACUACACCACUGAUACUGAUACAGACACCACUACACCCCUAAUACAGACACCACUACACCACUAAUACUGAUACAGACACCACUACACCCCUAAUACUGAUACAGACACCACUACACCACUGAUAUACAGACACCACUGAUAUACAGACACCACUACACCACUAAUACUGAUACAGACACCACUACACCACUGAUACAGACACCACUACACCCAUAAUACAGAGUCACUGAUACAGACACCACUACACCCCUAAUACAGAGUCACUGAUACAGACACCACUACACCCCUAAUACAGAGUCACUGAUACAGGCACCACUACCCCCCUAAUACAGAGUCACUGAUACAGACACCACUACACCCCUAAUACAGAGUCACUGAUACAGACACCACUACACCCCUAAUACAGAGUCACUGAUACAGACACCACUGCACCCCUAAUACAGAGUCACUGAUACAGAGUCACUGAUACAGACACCACUGCACCCCUAAUACAGAGUCACUGAUACAGACACCACUGCACCCCUAAUACAGAGUCACUGAUACAGACACCACUACACUACUAAUAUACAGAGUCACUGAUACAGGCACCACUACACCCCUAAUACAGAGUCACUGAUACAGACACCACUACACCACUGAUACAGAGUCACUGAUACAGACACCACUACACCCCUAAUACUGAUACAGACACCACUGAUAUACAGACACUACUGAUACUGAUACAGACACCCCUAAUAUACAGACACCACUACACCCCUAAUAUACAGAGUCACUGAUACAGACACCACUACACCCCUAAUACAGAGUCACUGAUACAGACACCACUACACCCCAAUACUGAUACAGACACCACUGAUACAGAGUCACUGAUACAGACACCACUACACUACUAAUACAGAGUCACUGAUACAGACACCACUACACCCCUAAUACUGAUACAGACACCACUACACCACUGAUACUGAUACAGACACCACUACACCACUGAUACAGACACCACUACACCCCUAAUACUGGUACAGACACCACUACACCACUGAUACUGAUACAGACACCACUACACCCCUAAUAUACAGAGUCACUGAUACAGACACCACUACACCCCUAAUACUGAUACAGACACCACUACACCACUACACCACUGAUACUGAUACAGACACCACUACACCACUGAUACAGACACCACUACACCACUGAUACUGAUACAGACACCCCUAAUAUACAGACACCACUACACCCCUAAUAUACAAAGUCACUGAUACAGACACCACUACACCCCUAAUACAGAGUCACUGAUACAGACACCACUGCACCCCUAAUACAGAGUCACUGAUACAGACACCACUACACUUCUAAUAUACAGAGUCACUGAUACAGGCACCACUACACCCCUAAUACAGAGUCACUGAUACAGACACCACUACACCCCUAAUACUGAUACAGACACCACUGAUAUACAGACACUACUGAUACUGAUACAGACACCCCUAAUAUACAGACACCACUACACCCCUAAUAUACAGAGUCACUGAUACAGACACCACUACACCCCUAAUACAGAGUCACUGAUACAGACACCACUACACCCCAAUACUGAUACAGACACCACUACACCACUACACCACUGAUACUGAUACAGACACCACUACACCCCUGAUACAGACACCACUACACCCCUAAUACUGAUACAGACACCACUACACCACUGAUACUGAUACAGACACCACUACACCACUGAUACUGAUACCGACACCACUACACCACUGAUACUGAUACAGACACCCCUAAUAUACAGACACCACUACACCGCUAAUAUACAGAGUCACUGAUACAGACACCACUACACCCCUAAUACUGAUACAGACACCACUUCACCACUGCACCACUGAUACAGACACCACUACACCACUGAUAGACACCACUACACCACUGAUACUGAUACAGACACCCCUAAUAUACAGACACCACUACACCCCUAAUAUACAGAGUCACUGAUACAGACACCACUACACCCCUAAUACUGAUACAGACAUCACUACACCACUGAUACUGAUAGACACCACUACACCACUGAUACUGAUACAGACACCCCUAAUAUACAGACACCACUACACCCCUAAUAUACAGAGUCACUGAUACAGACACCACUACACCCCUAAUACUGAUACAGACAUCACUACACCACUGAUACUGAUAGACACCACUACACCACUGAUACUGAUACAGACACCCCUAAUAUACAGAGUCACUGAUACAGACACCACUACACCCCUAAUACAGAGAGUGCCAGAACCCUAAUAAUCACCCUAAUACAGAGUCACUGAUACAGACCCACUAAUACAGAGUCAGAACCCCAAUACAGAGAGUGCCAGAACCCUAAUACAGAGAGUGCCUGAACCCUAUAUAAUCACCCUAAUACAGAGAGUGCCUGAACCCUAUAUAAUCACCCUAAUACACAGAGUGCCAGAACCCCAAUAAUCACACUGAUACAGACACCACUAAUACAGACACAACUAAUACAGAGUCACCCUGACAGACACCACUAAUACAGACCCACUAAUACAGACACCACUAAUACAGAGUCACUGUCAGAACCCUAAUACAGAGAGAGUGCCAGAACCCCAUAUAAUCACCCUAAUACAGAGUCACUGAUACAGACCCACUAAUACAGAGUCAGAACCCCAAUACAGAGAGUGCCAGAACCCUAUAUGAUCACCUUAAUACAGAGUCACUGUCAGAACCCCAAUACAGAGAGUGCCUGAACCCUAUAUAAUCACCCUAAUACAGAGAGUGCCUAAACCCCAAUAAUCACCCUAAUACAGAGAGUGCCAGAACCCUAUAUAAUCACCCUAAUACAGAGUCACUGUCAGAACCUCACUAAUCACCCUAAUACAGAGUCAGUGUCAGAACCCCACUAAUACAGAGUCAGAGAGUGCCAGAACCCCAAUAAUCAACCUAAUAUAGAGUCACUGUCAGAACCCUAUAUAAUCAGCCUAAUACAGAGUCAGUGCCAGAACCCCAAUACAGAGUGUCAGAACCCCAAUAAUCAGCCUAAUACAGAGAGUGCCAGAACCCCAAUAAUCAACCUAAUACAGAGUCAGUGCCCGAACCCCAAUAAUCAACCUAAUACAGAGUCAGAUAGUUCCAGAACCCCAAUAAUCAACCUAAUACAGAGUCAGAUAGUGCCUGAACCCCAAUAAUCAACCUAAUAUAGUCAGAUAGUGCUUAACCCCAAUAAUCAACCUAAUACAGAGUCAGUGCCAGAACCCCAAUAAUCAACCUAAUACAGAGUCAGAUAGUGCCAGAACCCCAAUAAUCAACCUAAUACAGAGUCAGUGCCAGAACCCCAAUAAUCAACCUAAUAUAGAGUCAGAUAGUGCCAGAAACCCAAGAUCCAACCUAAUAUAGAGUUAGAGAGUAUCCAACCAGCCCUGAGACCCCUAGUAUAGAGUCAGAUAGUGCCUGUACCCCAAGAUCCAACGUAAUAUAGAGUAUAUUAUGUAGUAUGUAAUCAGAGAGCGACCGACCGACCGGCCCUGAAAUCCCCUAUUAAAGAGUCCCUGCCUGAACCCCAAUAAUCCACCUAAUAUAGAGUCAGAAAGUGACCGACCAGUCCUAAGACCCUCCCCUAAAAUAGCGUCAGAGAGUAACCGAUCGGUCCUGAGACCGAUAUAGAGACACAGAAUGACCGACCAGCCUUAAGACCCCCUAAUAUAAAGUCAGAGAGUGACCGAACAGCACUGAGACCCCUCUAAUAUAGAAUCAAAGCGUGACUGACCAUCCCAGAGAUCCCCCUAAUAUAGAUAGAUAGAUAGAUAUAGUUCCUUCUGAACCCCAAGAUCCUGCACUGCCAUGUUACCUCCCCCCAAUACCAAGUCAGGGUACUCUCACAAUCUCAAGACCCCUCCUAAUACACGGAGUCAGAGACUGCCUGCACAGCCCUGAAACCUCACCAAUACUGAGUUAGAGAGUGCCUAUAUAGCCCUGAGACCCCUCCUGAAACACGGUCAGAGAGUAUCUGUAUUGCCUUGAGACCCCACCAAUACCGAGUCAGAGAGUUGUACAGCCCGGAAACCUCACAAUACCGAGUCAGAGAGCCUGUACAGCCCUGAGAUCCCACCAGUCAGAUCUGCACAGUCCUGAAACCUCCACCCAGAGUCAAUUUACUUGCACAUCCAUGAAACCCAUCCUAGUACAAAGUUAGAAAGUUAUGCACAGUCCAGAGACCUCAUUAACAGAGACAGAAAUGGAAUGUACAGCCACAAGACCACUGCUAAUACCUUUCAUUAUAGAUUGUGACUUGCGAAGGCCAAGACCAUUUGAUUGUCUUGUUGCACUUGCACCCCUCCGUGUACAAUCCCUUGCUACAUACCUAUCAGUGCAAGAAAAUGCGAUCGACUUCAUGAUUUUUAUUCUGUCUUUUUUCUCAAUUAAGAUAAAACGACCAAGCCAGAAACUGAGAACCAAGAGGGACAGAUCUGUCCACCAAAUACCAAAAAGGAGAAGGAGAGCGGCCCCAGGUGAUCAUUGUGUCGACUCAUCUGAACCUAAAAACUUUUAUUUUCCAAUAAAUAUUUGUUAAGUUUAAACUAUGAAUAGUAAUGUGAGCAUAAACCUAGUUACUUGAGACAUGUCAACUGUUAAAGAAUUAUAGGCAACGAUGAAAGGGUUAAAAACAGAAUUUGUGGAAUUUGCUUACAUUUUGUUUUUCUUUUUUACCUACAUGUGCUCUAAUAUCUGUGUGAAUGGAUAUGCAAUAUAUGGGCAAGGUUCAAGAAUGACGCAACCAAAGUGCUAAAGGAGUAGGCCUGCAGUGUAUAUAUAUAUAUAUAUAUAUAUAUUUGUGAUCCUUGUCAGCAGGUAGCACGGUCCUCUAGGGUAAACAAUAGGCACAGUCCUUGUAAUUGCGUAUACUCCAGGCACUUUAUUUGCAAAUCCACACAGGAUACGGCAGUAAAUGAAAACAUAAAUGUAACACAAAACCCUAUAAACAAAAACCUAGCUCGCCUGAGCACUAACUGACAUUAGGUUCCCUAUCUCUCAGGGUUAAACUAAACAAAACAAUAUUGGUUUCACCAACCUAGAGUCUUUGUCCACUCUCAGCACUCCAGUAUUUACCCUUGCCCUGACUGCUUCCUUUCUGCACUCCCAGUGCCUAGUCUCCUUGACUCUGUAUCUGGAGAGAACAGCCUCUCUCCUACCUGCUUCCUGGGAGGAAGCCCGCAAUCCCUCUCCUUUUCCUGCCUAGCCGGGAGGGGUUUAUUCCCACUGCAAUAGCUCAUUAACUGCAGCUGAGCAGUGGGUUGGAGACGGUCCAAAAAACCCUGGCCUGGAGCUAUGUCUCCCCAGAAAACCACUAAAAUGUGGAGUGGAGCAUUGGCCCACCCUUCUCUCCAAAUGCUCCACCCCAGGGGCCCAUAACUAAACAAUGCUUUGUUUUGUGCAACACACAAGCUACACGUACUUCCCCUGGGGCUAAAGGGCCUAUCUGCCUUCACUUUAUCACAAUAUAUAUAUAUAUAUAUAUAUAUAUAUAUAUAUAUAUAUAUUAUUAUUUUUUUAUUAUUAUUCUUUAUUUUUGCUCAGGUCACAUUUUAUGCAAGACAAAGGCGCCACAUAGUCGUUACAGGUGCAAUGUGUAAUAACUGGCUUUAAGCAAUAAAUUACAAUAGGUGUAGAGCAAAUAGCUCAUCAAAUAAGUACGUGUGAACUGAGGUUUUGUAAAAUAUUAAAGACAAAAUAUAUAAAAAUUAACAAUAAUAAUGGUCUUAAAACUUUUUGUUCACUGAAACAAUGUGAGAAUUGUAAGAAGUGUGCCAUGGGCUGUCCCAGAAAGGAUUAUGAAAUCUACAGGAAAACGGGCACAAGUAGGGAGGCAGUAGGGUUAUGACAACAGAGUAGGUGCUAUAUAGUACAGCUAAUGGAACCAGAGUGGGUAGAGAUUGGAGAGUCGUGGAAAUAAAGCAAACCAAAUGCAAUAUGUCGUAAAACAUGAAACAAAAAAGUUUGGACGGAUUCAAGCUGAGGGUCCGCAGUCCUUGCUAUAGCCUGUACGGGACAAAUGGUGAGAUUGCACCGACCGCCCAAGACUUGCGUCCCUGCGAGGGAGGUGAAUCUGGGGUACCCCCCAGUGCUUGAAGAAAGACCGGUGCAUCCUGAAGUUGAGUAUGUGGGAACAUCUUGCCAUCCUUCUCUGCCAAUAGGCAACAUGGGCCUCAUCUGUAUGGGAUUGUGGCAUUCCGAAGUAGCUAUACAUUGGUGCGAAAAUAAAAAUAAUCCCAGAAGAAGACUUCAGAUUCAGUAAAUGUAUAUUUGUGUCCUGAUGGACUAGAAAGCAUUAAUGGGGUUAUAAAACCUGAGAAUGAAUACACUUUAACAGGAAAGUGGCUGUAAGUGAAACACUGGUUUUCUAUGUCAUUUAAUGGAUUCACAUACAAUGAACAUAACUUGUAACAGAAGGCAGGGAGUGCCCCUACUUGUUAGAGAUCACACCCCAUAUGCAGUUAGGGUAAAAGCAAUUAUGCAAUUUUAUUAUUCAAGUUGUUAUUGAAUAAAUCUCCUUGCAUAAGAUGGUUUUCAAUGGUAAAGUGUCUAAAUCAGGGGUGCCCAAAAGGUAGAUCCCGUGAUGUUGUAGAACUACAACUACAACCAUGAUACUUUGCAUGACUUUGGAAUGCCUUUAGAUUGACAAAGCAUCAUGCAAGCUGUAAUUUUAAAACAUCUGGGCACCCCUGGUAUAUAUGUUUGUAGAAUGCAUGACGUUUUGCCACUGUUAUAAAGUUCAAGCAGCUCCAGAGUCUUAAAGAUUAUAGGUAAAACAUUAUAAAGGAUGAGAAACAUGCAGCACAAAGAAGGGGAUUUUUUGGAGAUGGAAGAGAAUAUUUAUGGAAAAAAAUGCUAUAAUGUUCAGGUUUAUUUACUAAAUUGAGAAUUCAAAGUGAAUUUUCAAUUUAAGGUCAAAAUAAUAAAAAUGGAAAUUUUCUCUAAGUCAGCUAUGCUUUCACUUUGAAUACUCUGACCUUAAAUUUGAAAAUCACUUUAAAACUUGGUAACUUUCCAUAUCGCGUUGCCCAGAGAUUGUCUUUAUGGAGACACUGUCCGGCAAAACGUAAAUGGCACUGCCACAAAAGAUAUUGGUAUCAACGGUCCAAAAGAUAUAAGUAGCAACGGUCCCAUGUUUACCUUUGCAAAAUAUACCUUUAUGUUUACCUUUACAGAUAUAUUUCAAAAACCUAGCAAGCCCUGACUAUCUGAAUGCUCGUUCUUCCCUGUAUACUUACUAUAUACAUUUUUUUCUACAUAUAUCUAUUCUUUCAAGCCCACCUUCUUUAUUCUUGUCCUAUUCCAACCUCAUAGAACUAUAUUCCCCAUUAACCUAUAUGCCUCCUGUCACCCACAAGUUAUUCAUCAAAGACAGAUGAGACCUGGGUGAAGAUGAUUAGAUUAUUAGUAUUUACAUCUGUUGGUGAGACAUAUAUCAACCCUUCAAUAUUUCAACAAACUUUGAAAUUUUAAACUAGAUUUUUUUGCUUUUUUUAUUUAAGGAUAACUAAAAAGUUCCUGCGUGAUCUCUGCAAGCAACAUAAAUUAUACAUCACUCCCUAUUUAAAUGACACAUUAUAUCUUCAUUACAAAGGUUGGUAGGAAGUAGGAAAUAUGGUUAAUAGGUUUCAGAAAAAUGGAAACGAUAUCGGAUUUUUCAUAAUGCAUUGGUUGUCCCCUGUACAUUUACGACUUCCUCUACUUUCAACCAGGGUUCAUGCAUAUAGAAAAUUUGGAGGAAUACACUGGUUUGAAGUGUCUUUGGCUAGAAUGUAAUGGCCUGCAAAAGAUAGAAAAUCUGAAUGCACAGACAGAACUGAGAUGUCUCUUCUUGCAUCAAAAUAUUAUCAACAAAAUUGAGAACCUUGAAAACCUGCAGAAGCUUGACUCUCUUAACCUGUCAAAUAACUACAUCACGACGAUUGAAAACCUGUGUGAGUCUGCACUGUUUUAUCCUACAGGUCAAAUAUAUGCAGUAGUAGCAACGAUCUAAUCAGAAAUGAGGAGUAUUACAGAUAUAUAAUUGGUUGAGAGUGUCAGCUGACUGUUUGUAGCCAAUCAGAGCUCCAACUGACUGUAUGAAGUGUAUGAUUACAAGGAAGUGUGUAAUCUCUGCCUUAGCCACACCUCCAGAAGGGGCAAGACUAUUGGUGUCAGGAACUCUUAUUUAGUGUUAAACUGUGCUAAAUGAUUUAAAACUGAGUGGGAGAGGGGGGUCAGGCCCUGUGGAUUCCAGGCACUAUAACAAAUUCAAAGAGAUGAAAUGGUUAGUGUCCCUUUAAAAUGUAGUUAGUUUGUUGCUUAGAGUGUCCCUUUAACAAACUAUAAGGGGGAAAAUUCAUAUAGAAAGAGGGCCAAAGGGUGUAUGGGAUUUAUUCACUAGGUGCCAAAAUAUAGGGAGUUAAAAAUAUAAUUGCAAAGUUUAGGUAAAAAAAACAACCAUACUGUGAUUAUAGCUAAAUUGGAGAUUUUUCCCUUAAUAUAUUUUCCUGAAUUUAGCAAUUUGGUUUACAAUUCACAAUAAUUCAGUGUUUAAAGAAUGAACUUCAAAGUCUUGUUGCUCUUCUAACCGUAGUUCUUGUUCCGAUGUCUGUUUCAGCGUGUCUUCCAGUUCUGUCCACCUUGCAAAUUGCCCACAACCAGCUGCAAACCAUAGAAGACAUAGAGCACCUUCAGGAAUGCCCCUACAUCCGAGUCCUGGAUCUAUCUCAUAAUAAACUGCAGGACCCUGCAAUUAUAAAUAUUCUGGCGAAAAUGCCAAACUUAGUAAGUGACAGAUCCACGCUGAAAUGCACACAUUGCAUAACGAAUAAAAAAAUCUUGCUAAUUUUAUAACAAAUGUGUGUUUUGUUUUUUUUUUAAUUCUUUAUUUUUGGUGCAAUGGUAAUGAUACAGACAUAUAUAAGAAUGCCACAACAGCAUAUGCACGAGGUACAAUAACAUUACAAUCUUCCUGUAAGUUGGGCUGAAAUAGACUCUGCAUUUUUUUAGUAUAAUAGGGUGGCUGGUCAUAUCGCGGAUGUUAUCUGUGCCUAUGGUGAGGGUAAUGUUUAUGGUUAGUGCUGUCCCAGUGGGGCACUUGGACGGUGGUUUGACACUAGCACAGGGUGUGAGCUUUGUGUGUGUGUUUUUAAAGGGAUACUUUCAUUUGUAAAAAUGCUUUCCACAGAAUACUGCGCAAAAUAGCAUGCUGACUCUUCUAUGUUUGUUUUUUAUUAUUGCAAAAAUUGCGACCACCACUGCUAUUUCCAUCAAGAGACAUCCCAUUCUAAAGUAGAAGUGGUCCGGUUCCUAUGGGAAAACUAUCGAAGAGUUUAUGGAAAACAUUACUCUCGUAUUUAUUAUCCUGCAGAACUUCAUAGAACCACAGACCAUGUGGAAUACAUCUGGUUGCUUUGAUUUCACUUACUAAAAUAAACGUGAGCUUUAAUUGACUUACACAAGCAGUUCCACUUAUUUUUAGUAAAUUAAUCCACUUCAAGAUGGUUGAUUGCAUUUUUAUGCAUCUGCUGUACAUAUUCAAUAAACCCCUGCUACACUAUCAGGGAUUGCACUAAAGCUUGAAGUUUUGUGAAUUUCAAACUUUAGGAGAAAAAUUAUCCAAGUAGCCUAUGUUCUCAGCUUGGCUAUUUUGCUUAAAAUUUAAAAUGCUCUUUGUCUUAAUGACAAUUCACACUUAUUGAAUAAACCUGCGAAUGACAGUAAGCAGAGUACAUUGGUGCAAGUUGUCUAUUUUUUUUUUUUUAUUGUUAUAAAAAAUGACACGUACCUCCUUCAUAUGUGUCCUGUUUUUAUUAUUUUCCUAUAGCAUGUACUGAACCUUUUGGGAAAUGAUGUUAUCAGGAGGAUUCCUAAUUACAGAAAGACGGUCACCGUCCAAUUAAAAGAAUUGACAUAUCUGGAUGAUAGGCCAGUCUUUCCAAAAGACAGGUAAUGACAUGUAGUAAAACGGAAUGCUUAGUCAAAAUGAAACCUGUUUUAUUGGACUAUUUUGGUACUAGCUGUCUAUUUCUCGUGUUGUGUAUUUUAUUUUUUUUGUACUGUAAACACUGUCUCUUCUAUAGAGCAUGCGCUGAAGCCUGGGCUACAGGUGGUCGCGAAGCUGAAAAGGAAGAGAGAGAAAAAUGGGAAACCAGAGAACGGAAGAAGAUCCAAGACAGUCUUGACGCUUUAUCUGAGAUUAAGAGAAAAGCAGAGGAGAGAAGAAACCAGAAAGAUUUGGAGAAAGGUACUCAUGGCAGCAUUUCAUUUACUAGUUCCUAAAAUAUGGAUCUGUAAGUAAUACUUUGAGUAAGGAAAUAAAGUACAUUUAUUGAAAUUGUAUCCAAACUGUUAGCAUAUAUAUAGAUAACUGCUUUGUUAGGCUUGGUUUUUAAAUAAUUCCUCUGUGCGGUGGAAAAGAGGUAUCGGUUGAGUUUCUUUACUUUGAGUAAAUAUAGCUCUUACUCUAAAUGUUCCCCUGGCAAUCUGACCUUAUCACUUACACCUUCUUCAGAUGACAGGUUCACAUUAAAUAUACUGUAAUGUCAGUGUUGGGUUGCCAUAGUGAAUAAAGCAGCCUAACCUUGUAUAGUAACUCAUAGUAAGGAGAUAGCAAUGUCACUCUAGUAUAGCACAUCGUUAGAAAUCAACCUCAAAAGAGUCCUUGGCUUCUCCAGGAAAAUGUUAGUUUUACACUACCUGAGACACUGGCUGUAUUUUGCAAACCUUGGCUUAUUCAUAGAGCUAUAAUAAGGUUUUGUGAAAACCACAUCAAUCUGUUAUCGAGCUAGCUGUUCCAGAUAGAAUACCAAUGUCUUCUGGGAUGUGAAAUUAAACUUUCCAUAGGACACUCCUUAUUAUUGGGACUUUAUUUCCAGAAAACACUAAGAUGUAUAUUUAGUAUAAAGGGAAAUAAACACUCAGUGUUACCGUGUGUCAGUGUCUCUUGUGGUUUGAACCUAUUUUGCUAAUUCUUCCUUUAUCAAACAUGUCAAAUUUAUUUAUAGAAGAGAAGAACGUGAGUUUACUUAAUAAUACUGCUUACUUUUUAAAAUGUAUUAGAGGAAUGACAAGCAACACUUUGCCUUGGCUAUAGUAGAGUCCCCAUAAUUCCCAUAAUGCUUAGCAAAUGUUAUGGUAUUCUAAUCUUAGCAUUGUUGGAGCUGCCUUUAGACACUUAGUACUACAGUUCAGAGUAAUAUUUUGCAAAUGAAAGAAUCUCUAUCUAACCUGUGAUGCUUUGUUAAGAUUUUGCCUUUAAUGUAGAUUCUUUAAUGAUAUAAUAUCACUGUGGGCACAGAAUUAUAAAAUGUCAUGGAUGCACCAUACUCAUAUUAUUUUUCAGGGCCACUCCCCGAAGACGACACGGCAGGUUUGGAGGACCAAGAAAUUCUUUGCAGAAAUAAAGAGUCUAAAGAGAAGAUCAAGACAUUUGUGGAGGAUGCCUUUAGAGCCAAUGAAGAGCUUUGUGAAAAUACAAAGAGAGCAGACAGUACAUCAUUGCCUUCUGUGCUGAUCCAGACACCGCUUAAAGAUGAAGAGAAGGCGGAUGAGGUUCCACCUAGUGAAAAGACAGAAUGCGUAUCAGAGGACGAGGGAGAAAAUCAACAAAGAAAUAAUUCAAAAAGUAACAAGGAAAAUUCAUGUACUUUGGAUACACAGACCGCACUCACCAAUGACAUUAUAAGUGAAGGUAUCCAACAUAAUUUAUUAUAUCUGCUACAUUGUAUUUAUUUCCAGUCACUCUUAGAUAAUCCAGGUAGAUAAGACGGGCCUUUCUUGGACAAUAUAGUUGCUGUCAGAUUUACGGCAUGAAUUUCUCCAAAUCUACUACACAUUCCAUUUGUUUCUUCUCUCUUCAUCUGACUGGCUAUUGCUUGUCCAGAGAUAGCUUUAUCUGUUAUCUCUUUUGUGUAAUUGAUUCUCUUGAAAUUUUAUUACUCUUCUGAUCGAUCUUCCAUAUGUUGACAUUGCUCAUCUCUGCCCAUUCUGUGCCCCUUGAUUGUAUUAUUUUUAGGGUUAUUCACUAAAUUUUGGAAAUCCAAAGUGAAUUCUAGAGAAACACUUCUGCCUCUAAAGCACUUCAGGGUUAAUUGCAUGCCCCCUUGUUCCCAUUCAUAAAAGUUCAGAUUUCAAAAUAUAUUGACACUUUUAGAAAUUGGUUAGGAUAUUAUAAUCCACAUUCUUCUUUCUGCCUCUCUAAACCUCACUUUUUAUUCUUUAUCCAAAUUUGAUCGAAUUUCCAUGUUCCUUUUUAUUAUUACACUUACCUAAUAUACUAAGAGCAUCCUUUGCAUAUUCCCUUCCCAUCCUAGUGUUCAUAUUCCCUUCCCAUCCUUUGUCUUCCUAUUUUCUCAUUCUUUGUCUUGUUAUAUUAAUAUUUGCCUCUUUCUUUCUCAUUCAUAUUAGCUGGCAUUAUUUAAUUUCCUAAACCCCUACUUAAAAAUUAGAUUCACUAAUGCUCAAUCUUAAUUUCCAGUUUGAUGCUACCUCCUCACAUGGCAUGACAAUUUCCUUCAUUAAUAUAUCCUCUAAUCAUCGUCUCUUUGUAAAGUGCCAUUUAUCUAGUACUUCAUUUUCGUAAUUCUUAUUUUUCUAGUGUCACAAGCUAAGAUGACCAGGGAAGGUGCCUUCACUACAGACCUCAAAGAUGCAGAGGACAUUGAAACUAUUCACUUGGAUUCCACAUCUGCAAAACUUUAUAUUGAUGCAAGUAGCACCUGGAUCAGAGUUACUUAGUUCGUUAUUUUUACAUGCCCAAUCCUGAUACAAUCCCAUUAUAGUUAUCCUCCCUAGUGCCACCUCCCAUAAUUUGACAUUUAUAAUCAUGUAUGAUUAUAAAUUGACAGUGUCUUAGCCUGGCAAGCCUUUGUAGCUCCACAUUUGUUUGCCCUUACUUGUUGACAUGUAACUGUAUUAGUAUUGUACAAGAUGUUCAUUUCUUUCUGUCUUGUUUAGGAUUUGCCAGACUUGGAGGAAGUGGAUGUUGAUGAGCUCAUUACAAAUGACAACAUAAAAACUGACCAGGUAUAUUUGGUGCUAAUGUUACAAGCAGUAUCGUAAUAAACGCAUGGAGAAUAGCCCAGUUAAAUGACCCAGGAACAGAGCCAAUAAUAAUAAUGGACCUAAUUUUUCAUCAUAGCAGCCCGGGGCAAAAUGUACCACUAUUAUCAGUCAUAAUGCUUACUUUUAGAGGUAGAGUUCUAAAGUGGUUAUUUGGUCAGAGCAGAGAGUUCUUCGGGAUGAUGAUGAUAUUACACUUUGGCUUUCAGUCUUUGUCAUAUCCAUCAACAUAUGAAAUGUUCUUACUAAUAAAGAAUUGUUUAGAACAUCAUUGAUACCAAGUGCAAUCUCAAGUAAUAGCACCCAGCACUGAGAUUAUUUUCAGAAGACCUGUGAUAAAAUAAGGUGAAUACAAGCUGAAACAACUUCACUGAAAUUAACAAGCUUUCUGAUAUCUGCUGUUACAAUGCAGAUCAAAGAGUCAUAUUCAGCUAUCUGAAAAAAGUUUUUAAUGAUAUGAACAAUACAUUGCCUUACCUAAAUAUAAUUAUUUCUUCUGGGCCAUCUUUAAAACAAGGAUAUUUUUUAGAUCUCAAUAUAUUAUUAAUAUCAAUAUGUACUGUCAUAAUUAAAAUGUAAGCAGCUUUGGAGGUCCACAAUCUUAUCACAUGUCAACACCUUGCUAAAGGGAGACUAUAGGCACCCAGACCACCUAAUCUCAAUGAAGUGGUCUGGGUGCCAUGCCCCUGUCAUUUUAACCCUGUGACUGGAAACAUUGCUGGUCAGGGGGAUCGGCAAUUUUGACAUUGCAGGGUUAUAAUGCCUGUAGUGGCUGUCACACUGACAGCCACUGGAGGCGCUUCUGCUGAAAUAGCCAAGUAAAACUUGGCUCUUUCAAUUUGAAAGUCUUAUAGAGACUAUUUGAUUUAUUGCAAAAUUUUUAAAAGCAUUGGAUAUGCUGAGAAUAUCAAGAUCAAUGAACUCAGUCAAUGAGGCAGAGAGACCAUUGCUCUGCAAGAUGUAAGAUGUGUAAAAUCACAUUUUCAAUUCUCACAUCCAUCUAUAAGUAGAGGAACAUGUUUAUAUUCCUAACGCUAUAAUGUUCCUUUAUUCUUUUUAAAAUGAAAAUAUAUGGUUUAUGCACUUCACUGAUCAAACAUAUAUUGUGGUUAAUUUACAAAAAACAUUUAUUAAACAAAGUAAUAUAACAAUUACAAAUAGACCAAUUUCUCAAAAAUCACAAAAUAGGCAGAUAUGUCAAAGAUACAUUGGAACCAAUCCACUUAGGGGGGGACAGGACAGACCACCUACAAAUCAUGCCUUCAUCAACAGCUUCACAUCACCCACAAAUCAGUGAUAAAUACUUUCAAACACAAGCAAGUGACCCAAUUCGUUAAUAAAUUAACCCUUCACUAAUCCAGGUUAAAAAUGCCAUCAUAGGUUAGAAAACAUGUUACAAAAGAAAAAUCAACAUUGAUUUUUAAAACUAGCUCGGCUCCUUUACUUGCCAUAAUUGCCUGUACUUAAUUCAUACCCAUAAAACCUAGCUGUAAAAAAAUGCUGCAUUAUGCGCAAUAAAACAUGUUCACAGACUGUGCAUAAAGUGGGUUCCUGCCUUACAAUAUUUAAUGAAGGGUAAUAUAAAACACAUUGUAGAAAAAAGAAACAAGUGAGCCUUAUUUGAAAAUGAUUGUUUAUUAUUUAUUAGUGUGUAUAUGUAACUAUUCUUGUACCGAGGAAGGAUAACAUACGAUCUCCUUAUUCACAUGCUGAGAGCUGUAGGCCAGUCUCAUAUGUCCUCACCAUCACCACCUUUCUCCUUGAUACAUGUGAGCUGGAAUGCAAUUCAACCUGUUACAACCCGUUAAGAUAAACCUAGCACAUAUUUAAGCAAUAAUAUCUCAGUGAUGUUACGUAGAACAGUCAUUAUUAUAUUACAUGUCCAUCUUAUUCGUUGUAGAAAAUAUAUCGUCCAAAGAUCGAGGUGAUAUCUGGUGACAGUGACGAAAGUGACAAUGAAUGGGAAAAAGAGAUUGGAACUGUAGAGAUUAAUGAGGAUUUGAAUUCUACGGAAAAUGCUUUUAUUCAACCAAGGCAUGAUCAGCCAGUGAAUAUGAAUUGUCAAAAAGAACUCAUAUUACCUAGUGAUGUGGAUAGGAGUCUACAAAGAUCAUCAAGACCACUAAUCGUGGAACUGGAUUCUGGGGAAAUAAAUGUGAAAGUUGAUGAAACAGAAAGUGGAAACGUAGAUGUGAGCUCAUCUGUAUUUUCAGGUAAUCACUGAAUUUACAUCAGAUCGUUCUUUUUGAGUUAUAGUUAAAGAAUCAGUUAUAGAAUAUCCAUGAAGGUGUUUACAUGAGACUGAAGGUCUAGAGCCUAGGGAUACCCUUGCCACAUGCCUCUGGUAACCCUAGAGAGGUGGAUUUAAUUGGUUAUAUCCCUAUUACUUAUCUCUCAGUAUAUACCCUUCUUUUUAUAUAUUUUUUCCUAUGUGCUUUUUUCUUGCCAUUUAGCAUAUCUCUCACUAUUCCUUUUACGUUUUAGUUUUUGCUUCUGGAAGAUCACACUUGGCUCUGUCGUAACCAGUGCUGUAUAUACUUCCAUGAGGGCUUAAACACAUAAAGGGGGAGAUUGCUAUCUCUUCGGUUAGUUCUCGUACUGCCAAUCCAUACCUGUUUGGAACCAGUGUGGUAUGCUUUAUUAUUGACUAUCUAUUAUUGAGCAUCUCACUCAGGGCUGUUCCCCCUCCUAUCAGGCUACACGGUUUAAUUUGUCCUAGUACUUUUUAGAAUUGCUAAUAAAGUUCUUUUAUUAUAUAUUAUUAUUUUCUCCUUUAGGUUCUUAGUAGAGUGGAUUGGAAAUUUAACCUUGUGGUCACUUUCUAUUCAAGUGACACCUUUGGUUCUCUACUAUUUAUUAUAUAAGCCUAGACAGCAUUAGCCAUACCACUAAUUAAUUAUUUUGUAAUAUUGCAUGGGGUCAGAACUGUAUAUUGAUAAAUACCGCAUACCUGAUUAAUGCUUUUUGUGGGAUAUUUCCUUUUCAGAGGACAAAGGAGAGGUCAAGGUGGAAGUCGUUUCUUUACCCAUAGGGCUCAUGGAAGAGGAAGAAGAUAUUGAAUUUGGGUUGGACUGAAUAGUCUUUGGUUCAUUUCUUAUUUGUCUGUUACUGGGAAACCAAAUUGUUACUAAACUGUAUGUUUUAGAUAGAUUAAAGAAUAGAGAUUCUCAGCCCACUCCUGUAUUCAUUGAUAAUGCAGGAAAACCUCAUUUAUCAGAAAUUCUACUGUAACAAGGAUAUUAACUCCCCAACAGGCCAGGUUUUGUCAGUAUCUCACAUGGAGGUGGAAACAUUAACAGGAAAAUACAUAAAUCCAGGAUUGUUGGUGGGCCAUGAGGACUGGUUGGGAACCACUGUGUUAAUGUGACUGAUUGCCAACUGCCUAGAUUAGUGAAAAUGCGGGUAUAAUUAAAGUGAAAUGACUCUCACUCAAGAUACUUUACUCAGUUUUACUGUUUGUGUAAAGGUUAUGCCUAACUUUGGGCAAUUAUUUAUCUAUUAAACUUGUUGUUUCAUUUGUGCUGGAACCCCCAGAAAAUGAAUUAUUUACUAAGCAGUUUUUAUUCUUCACAAUUAAUUUGAUAAAAUACAGAGGGUAAUAAUUCUUGGAUUUUCACCCUAAAAUUAUUACAUCUGAGGUCAAGUCAGGCCAACUGUGGCUUAUUAAAUAGACCCAGAUAUCUGUAACUUCCUUAAAGACACAAUUAUGUGACAUCGUGCCAUCGACAAAAUUAUUAUUAUUAUUUUUAUUCAUGAAAUGCAAAUACAAAAUUGCUGUAGUAAGUUGUGGAUGUAAGAGUCCAUAAGUCAUCCUCUGUCUAUCUAUCUGCUCAAUUUAACGUUUGGUUGGGUUGAUAAAUUACCAAACUCCACCAAAACUCAAUAUGACUAUUCUGGACAACUAGACAUUAAGGCAAUAAACCACCACCAGCAUUGCUUUCUAAAAUCUACAGAGCGGUCCUUGGUCAUGGCUCAGAAAGUAUUGAUACAGUGAGGGGGGAAAGUAUUUGAUCCCCUACUGAUUUUGAACGUUUGCC